GUCUGUGCUUCUCUCUCUCUCUCUCUCUCUCAUCGCCGUCUUUUCUCAGGCGCGGCAAAAGGGUAAGGAAAACAAGAAACAAAAAGGGGGAAAACCUAGCUUUGGGGUGUUACUCGACUUGAGAGAAGAUGGCAUUGCAAGAAAAAUUGGAGAAGUUUAAAAAGCAGCAAGAGAGUUGUCAAUCAAUUCUCACCAGUAUUGCUGCAUCUAAUAAAGCUAGACCAACCCAAAAAGUCACGCCUGCUAUGCCUCCUGCAAUUUCCAAGCCUCCUCCUCCUGCUGUCAAGUUUUCUACUGAUACAGAGAGACUUCAACACAUAAACAGCAUUCGAAAAUCCCCAGCUGGAGCUCAGAUCAAGCGUGUUAUAGACCUCCUCCUGGAGACGAGGCAAGCCCUAACACCAGAGCAGAUAAAUGAAGCGUGCUAUGUAGAUACUAAUGCAAAUAAGACUGUCUUCGACAGUUUAAGGAAAAAUCCUAAAGUGAACUACGAUGGAAAGCGUUUUUCUUAUAAGUCCAAACAUGAUUUGAAGGAUAAAAGUCAACUUCUUUACUUAGUACGAAAAUUUCCAGAGGGCAUUGCUGUUAUUGAUCUCAAGGAUGCAUACCCAACUGUAAUGGAAGACUUGCAGUCUUUGAAAGCUGCGGGUCAGAUCUGGCUUUUAUCAAACUUGGAUUCUCAGGAGGACAUUGCAUAUCCAAAUGACCCCAGAGUUCCCAUUAAGGUGGACGACGACCUUAAACAGCUGUUUCGUGGAAUUGAAUUACCUCGCGAUAUGCUCGACAUUGAGAAGGAUCUCCAGAAGAAUGGUAUGAAGCCUGCCACCAACACUGCACAGAGGAGGGCAAUGGCGCAAGUCCAAGGCAUUUCCUCUAAGCCCAAGACGAAGAAGAAGAAGCACGAAAUCAGCAAGAGGACUAAGCUGACCAAUGCCCAUCUUCCAGAGCUUUUCCAAAAUCUAAAUAAAUAAUUCCUGAUUCCUCAACUUAGAUCAGGCAGUCAUUGGACUGGCAAUGCUCUAGUCAUCUGUUGGCUGAUAACCUUAUACACAUCACUCUCUUUCAUAAAAUGGAUUAUGUAGAUAGAAAGCAUGAUUUAUUACCAGAAGCAAAAUUGUUUUUUUUAACCGAGGAAUUAACAUGUUGUAGCCACUGCUAUAUUGAUCAAAUUGG